UAACAUUCGGUAACAAAGCCGACCUUUUGGGCACGAGAGGAAGAAGGAAGACGAAAGAAGACAGCUACGACCAUCACCAUCGUCAUCGCAAUCAUCAACCACACCAGCCAACCACAGCAGCAGCAGCUGGUGCACAAGCCACAAGCCCCAUUGUCACGCACCGUGUCUUGAGCUUCGUGCGCGUGCGCACACGGCAUGGAUGCGCACGAUGCGAGCAAUGGUCGUCUUGGCGGCGGUGGAGAUGAGGCGGUUGCGUGGGUGCCAGUCUGUAUCCAAUAUGUGCACAAGAUGUGCUGCGGCAAGGCUGCCCCAUUACGUGACGUCAGCAGCACAGGCAUGAGGUCAAAACUUCAAACGCCGCCAUCAUCCUCGGUAUCCUCACCGCCUCCAUCGUCGGCCCCGGCCAGCACGACCACCCCGCGGCCCCUCUCGCCUCCACUUUCCCAAGCAGCUGUCCCCAUGCAAAUGGAUGACGGCCCGUGUGAUGGAGCGAGGGAGCCUGCUGCGAUCAGGUCGACGUGGCCAUUGCAUGAGGCAGUGGCCGCCAACCGUAAGGACUUGGUUGAAGCGCUCCUGCAGCAAGGGCACGACGACAUUGCGGCACAGGACAACCACGGCAACACGCCAUUGCACAUCGCCUUGCGCAGCAAGGGCAGCGAUGUUUUGCCCCCUCUAUUGAACGCGUGCAAAGGCCGCACGGAUGUGUUUGUAACCCACAACAAGAGCGGCUUGUCACCCUUGAGCGUGGCGUGUGCCAACGGCAACCUGCCGGCGAAUCUCGACCGCCCGCUCCAAACACAUGUGCACGACACGUCGCCCGUAACCAACAACACCCUGCUGCACGAUGCCUGCUACCACUCGCAAGAGUCAGCCGUCCGCAAGGUGCUUGCCGCGUGCACAGACCCCAUGCGUUUGCUCCAACACGCCAACACAUACGGUGACACGCCGCUCCACGCCGUGUGCACGGCCCGCGGCGACGUGAACGCUGCAGCUGUGCGUAGCAUCGUUGCCCUCCUGGUCUCUGACCACGGCCUCGACCCAAAUGUUGGCGCGGCGCAAUCGCGAACACCGCUUCAUGUUGCGUGCUACUGCGGAAACAAGGCGGCCGUUUGCGCCCUGCUGGAUGUUGGUGCAUCCAUUCUCGUGCUUGCGCGCAUCCCGCGCCCAAGUCUCAUUGAUUGGGCGAGUGACAGUGACAGCAGCAGCAUCCGUUCAUCGUCGUCGACCCAAUCAUAUUACCGACAGCCGUGCACCGCCACCUCGUCUACCUCCCCGCCAGCAACGCGACAGCAACAACAACAACAACAACAACAACAACAGCAACAACAACAACAACACCACCACCACCAGCAGCAGCAGCAGCAGCACGCACCACAGGGUGGUGGUGGUGGUGGUUUGAAUGCGAACCCUUUUCCGCACGUGCGCGCGAGCAACGGAUACAUCUCGCUCAUGUCUGCCACCAACCGACGCGGGCAGUCGCUCACUUCGCCAACACCCCUGCAGUUGCCCAUGCCAAUUCACCCCCGGCACGCCAGCCACGUUGGCGGAAACAACCACGAGCUGAACACCAACCAGAUGCAGAGCCACCACAACCCCAGCGUACACGACCCCCAUACCACCACCAACAGCACCACCAACAGCAGCAGCAGCGCCGCCAUGCAGCAUUACUCGUCAUCCCCGGCGACGGUUGGCAUCUCGAGUGUGACAGCUCCCUUCACCGCCCCUGCCACGGCCGCCAUGCACGGUCGCAGCGACACCAGUGGCAGAUUAUUGGGGCGUGGCCGCAGCAGAAGCAGCAGCGACAGCACAACUGCGAGCGUGGGAAGCAUGCACGUGUCGCACAUCCACGACUAUGUGUCGAUUGUGAGGGGCCGCGUUGUUUUGCCGCCAUCGCACCAGUUACCGUCAUCGCCGGCAACAUCGACAGCGACUGUGCCCUCCACCGUCCCGUCUGCGACGGCACUGCUAGCCCGCCUGUCCUCCCUCUCCAUCAACAACAACACCAACAGCAGAGGCAGCAACAACAACACCAACAGCAGAGGCAGCAACAACAACACCAACAGCAGAGGCAGCAGAAGCAGCAGCAGCAACAAGUGCAGCAGUGCCAGCGGUGGUGUGAAGCGUGCUGGUAUUGUGGGAAGGAAGGCACCAACCGAUUCGCCAGCGGCAACGGCGCGGCCACACUCACUCCAGCGGUCAGCAUCAACCCCACCAACACCAUCAUCAUCAUCAUCAUCAUCAACGUCAUCAUCAGCAGCAGCAGCGAGGAGAGUAGGGCUCCCUGUCACACCACCAACGACAACAGCAGCACUAGCGACCGGGGAGCAACGGAGGCGGCGGCGGCGCGGCGAUACUGUGGCGGGCGACACGCGGCGUACCGCCUCUGCUGCUGCCGCUGUGCACGCGCUAUCGAGGGGUGCGAGUGUUGAUGGGUGCAGCGGUAAUGGCAGCGGCAGCGGCAGUAGCGCGACCCGCUCUGAGAACAGCAACUCGAUUGCGCUGUCCGGAGAGCUGGAUGAGUACGAGCGCUCACGGCUGUCGCAGUCCACAACGGCCAACAGCUACGUGGUGAUGCCCACGCCAAACGGAUACAGGCGGCGCCCACGCAGCGACAGCACCCCGCUCACCCUCAACGACGACCGCCUGUUCUGCAUGCACGAGUACCUUGCGUGCGCGUCACUUCCACACAGGAAACACACGGCUACCACGCACCACCUUCCAGCGCACUCGCACAGCGACGAUGGCGAGUGCAGCGUGCCUGCAGGCAUAGCACCGCAGCAGCAGCAGCAGCAGCAGCAGCAGCAACAGCGCUCGUGCGUGUGGGAGGAGAUGGACAGCAAGCCCGUCAAUUGCAUUCGCCUGUGCGCCAUCAUGGGCCAAGACCACAUUCUGUCCAUGCUGGAGCAGCACUUGCGAGAACUGAGGAAACAAAAGCGCAAGCAGCAGUACCACCAUCAUCGUGAUGACGAUGACACUGACAACGCCGCACCUUCAACGGUGGCGAUGGAUGUCCGCGCCAACUGCACAUCAUCGCGCAGUCUCGAGCUCACGUUGACACGUGUGCACCUCCCAACGCCACUUGGUCGUCUCCGCCGCUUUCUUCUCGACCAGCAGCGCCUCUACAGCCUGCGCCGCCACCUCCGGCCCCGCGACCAACUGCUCACGCGCGAUGCCAUUGUCCUCCACAACCGCGUCAGCGACGGCGCGUUUGGCGAAGUUCGUCGGUGCAUUGCUUCUGGAGAGCAAGCCGUCGUCAAAGUGUUCAAGCACGGGCUGCGAGCGGUGCGAAGCGUGGCUGCCCGGUUCAUUGAGGAGGUUGAGAUCCUGAAGCAGGUCAACCACCCAAACCUCGUCAGGUUCAUGGGCGUCUGUUUGCCGACACCGGGCCAGUUCUGGAUUGUGAUGCAAGAUUUGGGCGACACGAGCCUCUACGCUGCUUUGCACGUCCAGAAACAGGAUCUGGCGCAGACGGCGCGGCUUCGGCUGAUGCGUGAUGCGGCUCGCGGUCUCGCCUAUCUCCACGCCCGCCAGCCCCCAAUCUUGCACGGCGACGUCACAAGCUUCAACAUCAUGAUUUCGCCCGCGUUUCGCGCUGUUCUGAUCGAUUUUGGGGAAUCACAGCAGUUUGGGCGCGGCAGCGAACACACACACGUGCAACCAGGGCACCUGCGAUGGAUGGCGCCGGAGGUGUUUCGCGGUGGACACAUGUACAGCAGCGCUGCGGACGUGUACAGCCUCUCGCUCGUCAUGUGGGAAACGCAGACAGGACAGGUCCCCUUUGGUCUCGUCACAGAAGCCUGGUCUGUUGCUGUGUCAAUGGCGUUCGACAAUGCCCGCCCCCGCGUGCCAACCACAUGUCCCCACGGCCUUUCUUGCAUCAUUACGAGCGGGUGGAAUGCGGAUCCACACGCCAGACCAACCGCCGCCUCCGUUGUCCGCCAGCUCUCAGCGCUCAUCAGACCAGCACCCGAACUCGUCUGACACCGUCAUAUUUGUCUGUGUGUAUGUGUGCGUGUGCGUGUGUGCGUGUGUGAUGAGGAUGUUGUUAGCUAGUUGUUAGCUAAUUUGUGUGCAGCGGAUGUGCUCUUUCUUGUAUUCUCUCACUCGUUCAUUUCCACUCCUGAGCUUGGAUCUAUUUAUUGUCUCACGCGUCCAACCAUCUGUGUUAUUUUCGCCAUGCAACACAACAUCCCAUGCAUGCUUGCUCGUGCUUUGCUCUUGCGCGUGUGUGCAAACGUGCCGCGAUGAUCGACAAUAAACGCACUGAAACAAGAGA